GCAGGACACGAUCUUUGGGAAAUUAACGAGCGAUCAUCGACUGACUGUUCAUCCGAUGGUCGAUUACAUGGUCGAUUACGUUUCGAGAUCUCCGUACGUCAUCGGCUACUACACUACCGGUGAUCAGGGCGGUGCUCAUCGGCCGCAGGAGAUCGCGUUCGAGAUGACGAAGAAACCGGAGGGCAACGACGUGAUAAUGGUUCAGCAACAGGAGUCGAUUUACACGAGAAAGCACAAAUUUCCUUAUCAGUUUUAUCAGCCGGGUGGCGAAAAUCACAAUGUGCAAUACGCGGAGGAACCGCGUUACCACCCGCGAACGAGAAGAACGUCGCCUUGGAAGAAGAUCAUUCAUCUGAUCGGCACUUUUCUGCCUCUUGGUCUGUUACUGGCAACGCUGACGCCCAACGUCGUGCGCGUCAACAGCACCACCACCCAGCCGCCCAUCGUCCUGUCGAAACUGCGAUCGGCGGACCUGCCGGUCGAGCACAAACACGCCCGUCUGCUCGAGUCGGCCGUUUGCGAGGAUCGAUCGGUCUGCGAGAUGAUCCUAGCCGGCGGCGAGCCGCAAUCCAACAUCCUGCAGAACAUCCUGUGGAAUCUGGCUACCAGAACUCCGGAUAAUAUCGCAGAGAGAAACGGUCUUGGCGAAAUAUUCGACGCUGUGAAGAAGAAGAACUGCGUGAUUAUUAGUUGUUAA